AUGUCCAGAAGAGUGGAGGUGAUCAUCAACUCCUCAGCUCCACAGGAUCAGGCCGAGCCUCCUCUUCAGAUCACAGAGUCGAAGCCCGGAGAGCAUCCAGGAGUGAAGGGCUUCCUGAAGAUGCACCCGGCGGUGCUGGGGUGGCUGGAGAUCCUGACUGGUUCCAUGGUGUUUGGACUCGUCUAUUGGAAUUACGAUCUCUGGUUGUUAAUACCGGCUUGCUUUGUGAUUUUAAUAGGAGUUAUAACAGCUACAGCUGCAUGCACCCGCAACCCCUGUCUGGUGAUCACGUCUCAGGUGCUGAAUCUGCUCAAUAUCUGCAAUGUGGUGGCGACCAUCGUCGUGUUCUUCGUCAUAGUCGUCUUAGGGAUUCUGAGGGAUGUGUUUUUUGGACAUUUACUGCGUGCCCAUUUCCUGAGCCGUUCUGAGAGUUCCCAAUCUCUGACCACAAACAUCGCCUUCGUCGCCUGUAACGGUCUGGGCCUCAUCUUCUCACUUCUCAUCAUCCCGACGUUGUGCUGCUGGUGUAAACCGAGAAAGCGUCUGAUGGUCAUCCACAUGAACACAGCUGACGUCGUGGAUCAUCCGCGUCCAGAAUCUUCCCCGCCGGCCUAUAGUCCGGUCCCGUCUUCAGAUCCGCCGGCAUACGAGGAGGAACGACGCUCGACGCUCUCUGGAGUUUCUGCUCAGACGUGGGCCAUGAGGAAAUGGAAAGAAGAACUGCAGCGCAGCAGAAAACCCAUUCAAGUCUGACCGGAUUCAUUUAUUUCCAGAUCAGUCAGAUUUCUAUGCUCUAAAGUAGAGCUUCAUCUAUCUGAUGGGCAUAUAGAGAACAUUCACCGCUGGAAGUCACAGAACAUUCUGGAAGACAUGGGAACUUUUUAUCUGAAAUCAUGCACAUUAGAUUUUUCUGUGUCCUUGUUUUUAAAAAACAACCACAUUAGAAAACACUAAUUAGUGAAACUCUGCACAUGUGCAUUAUGAAAUAAUAAGGGUUUCUGUAGGUCUUAAGUCGUCCUUCUGCAAAUUAAGGCUUAAAAAGGGCUUAAAUCAGAGCAAAACGUCUUAAAUUCAUAAA